AUUCUUAGACGUCAGGCAGCCGAUUUAAAAUCCAUACAAACAUUAAAACCACCGGCGGGACGAGCAGAGAGUCGCUGCUGCUAGUCUGCAGGGAAGGAAAACGCUUCACCCUGAAACGACUCAAUGCUUCACCCGUUCAAAACCCAGCAUGGACCGUCUGACAGCUGGUUCUGGAGGCCCGACCCGGUUCAGCCCCUGGGUUCUGGUUUUGGAGGAAGUGUGAAUCAAAGGUCUGUUUAUAGUUUGUGAAAGUGCAGCUCAGGGGAAUCGUCUCACUUCUUCAUUUCCAGCCGACGGAGACGCAGAUCGCUCCUGCAGACCCAGAUGUCCCGCUCAGUGCUGCCCCUGCUGGUCACUCUGAGUCCGGCUCUUCUCUUCCUGCUGCUCCCUCGCGGCUCCGUGACGCAACAGGAACUGUGGGAGGACUACAAAUAUGGCCGCCACAGCGCCGAGCCACUGCAGCGCGACUGCAGCUGGAGAUGCAUGCUGUUCACCCUGCAGUGGCCGGGGGGGUUCUGCCAGUCUUUGUACAAAGAGAGUCAGUGCACGAUUCCUGAGAACAUCAGCAGCUGGACCAUCCAUGGCCUCUGGCCUCUCCAUGUCCAGUCCUGCUGCACCUGCUGGCCCAUCUUCCACUCUGACCUCCAGGAGGUGGAGGAGGAGCUGUUGGAGUUCUGGCCAUCACUCCUGAAAACCAAACCGUGCUUCCGUUUCUGGAAGGAGGAGUGGCUGAAACACGGCUCUUGCGCUGCGUGUGUUGAAGGAUUCAACUCUCCUCUGAAAUAUUUCCAGAUCUGCCUGAAGCUGCGCCAUCAGUUUGAUCUCUACAAGAUGCUGGCGGAAGCAGGAAUCACUCCGUCCUGUGAUCGACUCUACAAGGUUGCAGAGCUGCAGCAGGUCCUGCUGCCGCAUGUCGGAGACAAACAUGAGAUCCAGUGCGUCAAAGACCAGAAGGCAGGUUCUGUUCCAGGUGAAGGUCCAGUUGACCCGGAACCUGACUGUCGGCUGUGGUCACCAUGGCGACGGCAGGCCGGGCCCCGGACCCGGGCCCUCUCCGGGCCACCCCUGCCCUCCGGAUGCUCUGCUCUACUACUUCCCCAUCAACCACCAGGAGCCGUGGCGGCCCUGCGGCUGACCCGACCCGACCCGACCCGAGAUGUUCUGGAACGUCCUGCUCUGCUUUCCCUCCAGUUCGGACUCGGAACCGCUCAGAUCAAUGUUUGUUUUCGCUAAGCAGCAUCAACAUGAUUAAACUGUUAAAUCUAAUAAAAGGCUCCAACAG